AUGACGACGUGCCGUCUGCUGUGCGCCCUGUUGGUGCUCGCCCUGUGCUGCUGCCCGUCCGCGUGCGUGACGGCGGCAGGGAGUGGAGUUAAAGAAGAAAGAUCUGAAAAGGGUUCUAAUCUGGAGGAUAAUCGGACGGAGGAACCAAAGCAGGUAACGGAAUUGCCUAUUAAAGCUUCUCCUUCGCCAGAGACGAAAAAGGAGAAAAAGGGGACGGAGCACGCAGGAAAUACGGUGCUUCAUACGUCACAGACAACUGGUACAAUGCAAGAGGCGGCAGAACCACAAAGUAAUCUCAAUAAGACAAAGGAAGAAGAUGAUGGAAAAUCUACUGAGGAACGAACAGAAAAUACUAAUACCGAUAAGGCAAAUGAACAAAAUGAGAAACCAAAUGCAAUAAAUACGACGACCACGACUACAACAAUGGCACCAACUACUACCACCACGACCACCACUACAACACAGGCACCAAUUGGUAAGGCCACAACUACAGAGACUCCAACCACGACGACCACCCGCGCACCGUCACGUCUUCGCGAAGUCGACAGCAGCCUCAGCAGCUCUGCGUGGGUGUGUGCCCCGCUGCUGCUCGCCGCAUCCGCGCUGGCGUACACCACUCUGGGCUGA